AAACACGUAAUUCUAACCCCGAGUAAAUAGACUUUUCGGUUCGCUAGCGGCGGCGAGACGGACCGCCGCUGCCCAUGCUCUCCGCCUCGCUUCGACGCCGCGCCCACCGACGUCUUUCUAUUCCGCCAUUCCACCAAGCUCACGCCUUUACUCUUCUUAAACUCCAUUCUUCCGCCUCCUGUGCCCAGGGAGCCUAUUUCACCGCCAAAGGAUUCGAUCUCCUAGAUCAAUUCCUCCCCCGUCGAACACUCCCUCGGCCGCCGAUCCGCCGCCACCUCCAUCACGAAAUUCUUCUAUCCCUUUCCUACAUCCUCAAGACCCAUCCUUGGUGCCUUCCCGACCUCAAAGUCAUCGCCUUUGAUGGCCUUCGCUCCGCCCCCCUCGCUCACCUGCUCUCCGCCUUCCCUCACAACCGCCCAGCGCUUGUUUUCUUCUCUGCCGCGAUCCCAGACCUCUCAGAUACCACGGUCUAUAUUUGCUGCGACGCCGCCUACUUCCUUGCCACCGGCGGCAAUCCCGCCUUACAGCAUCUUGCGCAGGACCUCCUUGCCGAGCUCCUCAGACGAAUCGGGUCCCACCGUGCCGUUCAGCUCAUUAGCUGGAGCGACAAGCACCAGUUUCUCCGGUCUCGUUACUACGCCCUUAACUUGAUCCUUCGCUCAUUUCUUAAUGCUGGUUUGGUGGACGAGGCCGCCGACGUGGUGCAGCGGAUCAGGAAAAUUGGGAAGACCCCGAGUCUCACAGCAUUGUCUAUUCUUUUAAGAUCACUAUUUCAAAAAGGUGAUUUGAGAACAGCUUGGAAAAUAUUCAAAGACAUGGUGGGAAGAGGUCCACGCCCGAGUUUGAAGACGUUCAACGCAAUGAUUCUUGGGUAUUGUCUGAACGGGCAAGUCCGAGUGGCUGAGAGCCUUCUCCGUAUAAUGCCAAGGUUGAAUAUUGAGCCUGACGCUUGUAGCUACAACAUAUUGCUCAAGGCACAUUGCAUCUAUGGUCAUUCUUCAUAUGCCUUUGAGUUGUUUGAUUCAAUGCUCAGCUCAGAUUGUUUCCCGACGGUUGUUACAUAUAACACACUGAUCAAUGUGUUGUGCCGUGAAGGGAGGAUGGAGGAAGCAAGGACAGUAUUUGACAAUGUGGAGAAGGAGGGUGUCCAGUUGAACACAAUUACUUGCAAUGUUCUUAUUGAUGGGUAUGUUAAGGCCUGUCAGAUUGAUAAGGCUAAUGAAGUUUAUCGACAGAUGAAAGAGAAAGGUUGUCUACCUGAUUUCUACACAUUGAACAUAUUGCUCUCAGGUUACCAAAAGUUCGACAAGGAUUGGAAGAUUGAGAGUAAGGUAUUGUAUGAUGAUCUGUCUAUGAGAGACUCAUGCUCUCAUGAGUUGCUGUUGGACAUGAUUCUUUCAAAGUUAUGUCGGGGUGGGCUGUUGGAUGAUGCACGAGCACAUUUGCACAAGAGAAUUGAGCAGGGAUGGACAGUGAGUGUUGCAGUGUUUAAUGAAGUUAUUACAAGUUACAGCAAGGCAGGACUUGAACAAGAGGCUUUUCAUGUUUAUCAGACUAUGGUGGAUUCUGGUCUAUCUCCCUCAUCUUCAACAUGCAAUGCCCUGCUAAUUGGCUUGUGCGAUAGGGGGAGGUUUCUUGAUGCUAGAAAACUAAUGGAUAAGAUGGUAGAUAUUGGUUUCCAUGUCAAUGUAUCAGCUUUCACUAUCUACAUAGAUGCAUGUUUCAGAGUAGGCAACAUUGAAGGUGCUCUGGAAUGUUGGAAUGAAAUGGAGACUAAAGGGAUACGGGCUGAUGUGGUUGCCUUCUCAUCAUACAUUAAUGGACUUUGUAGGGCUAAUUAUGUUGAUAAAGCACUCGAUGCUUUCCACAGAAUGUGCGGAAGAGGACUUGUCCCUAAUAAUUUCACCUAUAAUUCUUUGAUUUCUGGAUUAUGCAGAGUUGGUCAAACUGCUGAGGCAUUGAAAUUUGAAAAGGAAAUGAGGCAUAAUGGUUUUAUUCCUGAUAUCUUCACAAAAAAUAUAAUAAUUGAUGGAUUAUGUAGACAAGGAAGAAUGAGAAUGGCCUAUGAUGUACUUAUGGAAAUGUAUACUAGUGGCUUAAAACCAGAUGUUGUAACUUAUAAUACUUUCAUCAAUGCGUACUGCAAAGUUUCUGAUUGGGCUACAGCUGGGAGCUAUUUUAAUAAGAUGUCUUUUGAUGGCUCUGAACCAGACAUUUUCACAUACAACAUAUGGAUCCAUAACUUCUUUAGCAGCUGUAAUGUGCAUCUAGCUGUGAAGGUGCUAGAUGAUCUUGCAUUGACAAGUCUUGUUCCCGACACAUUUACUUGCAACAUUUUCAUGAAUGCCAUUUGCCAUGAUGUUCUUGACCGAGCUAUGAUUUUAGCUGGGAAGUUGUUGAAAAUGGCCUUUGUUCCCAACACUGUAACUGUUAAUCUGCUACUGUCACAUUUCUGCAAACAAGGGCUAGCAAGGAAGGCUAUAGCAUGGGGAGAACGCCUUAGUGAGGUCUCUUUCACCUUUGAUGAUGCUACGCAUAAUAUAUUAGAAUGGGCCUAUAGAGAGGUAAAAGAGGUUGCACAAGUUCCUUCAGAGUUAAGAAAAGACACAUUUUUGGAAUUCCUUAUGCGUUUUACUUUUGAAUUCUUAUGCAAGGUCAAACACCUAGAAUGUAGACCAUUGAUUAUCAAUAACCUCUUUGAUAAUGGUAUUUAUAACAAAUCCAAGUUCAUGGAUGUGAAGUAGCACUGUGGAAGAAAUGUGUUUAAUCAAGUUAUAUUUUCUGAAUGGAGAUCCAAAGAGUUAUUCUACCACAAUGUAGUAUUUGUGAGAUAACAGCAACAUCUGACCACAAUUGUGUUCCCACUUAUGCUUUCUCUAUCAUUUGGACACUUUGUCAGCAUGAGCUGCAUACAAAUUUGUUGUCAAUUAUUGGUAAGAAGAUAUCUAUGGAUCUCUCAAGAAGCUAAAGGGAUGUGUACUCUUGCAAAGAAUUAUUUCAAAAGUCUGGAGAAAAGCGGCCUACUUGUUCCAUGAGCUAAGGGACCAGGAAGAGGAAGCAACAGAUUCAAGAAAUUUGUGGACUACUCCAAAUGUUUCUCAGGUUUGCACGAAUGAAGUCCACUGCAGAAACAGUCCCUUGAUUGUGCCAGUGUGGUUCUCCAAUCAAUAUCAUGUGGCAAAAGGCAAAAUCGCUCGCCCCCAGCGCCCCCGCCGCACCCGACCCAAGGUCAUCACGAGGGAGGUAAAUCACAGCAUCCUGAGCGAGCAUGUGACAGGUGGGGUGAGUUGCACAGGGAUCGGGGAUUUAUGCCCCGACUAUCCUGAGUUUCGACCCCACGACCUCAUGUGGCAAGCAUCCCAUCACAUACCAACUCGGAUGACCAGCAUGUGUUGUUGGUCAACAACAAUCCCAAGUGGGUGGAUAUAUUUAUCGCACUCUUGACUGUUGAUUCAAAGACUGCUGCUGCUCUAACUGUACAUUGCAUUCGUUGGCCAAUGAUAUGAUCUCUCAUACAUAUACUUAUUUUCGUAAACCUGAUUGAUGCAUAUGUGAGAUUCAGAGGCUUUAAGGUUGUGCACCUUGAGAUUCAAAUUGUUACCUUUGUGAAUUAUAGACUAAAAUGCUUUGUUCCUAUUUCAUUUUACACUGGCUUGAGGCUUAGGAGUUCUUCCUCCAUACUUGUGCACUGGAUCACUGCCCAAUCAAUGACAUUUUCAUUUCCAUUUCUAAAAGUUGUUAAAAUGUUCAAUAUGUUUCAUUGUAAUUUUACAUUUGUUUAGUCUGAGUAACAGGAAUUUUCAUGUGAAUCAUAUGCAAACAUUUGGAAGUUAAUGAUUUAAUACUUCAGUUUGUUUGCUCA